GGCCGCCGCAGCCAGGGCCUUGCAGGCCGAAACCCAGCUGCCCAUUGCCUUUUGCGACAAGUUUGUUGGCAAGUUGGCGGCCGACAGCCACCCGGCGGAGCUGCAAUCUGCAUCCCCGCAGCAAGAGGCCCCCGCUCAAAGGAUGGCUAACGACGUGAAGCAUCACGUUGGCCGCCUGCGCAUUCAAAAGCUGGCGGCGCGCCGCGAGCACCCGCAGCGCUGGCUGGGCCAGCAGGAAGUCCACUCGAAGGUGGCCUGCCCCCUCCAGCUUGCGCAGUCAGCCAGCAUGAUCAAUGCGCCAGCUAUCAUGGAUGGAAGCGUUCAGCUCCGCGAUGGCCCGAAGGAGAUGUUCGGGCGCGCCGAGUACGCGGACCUCGCGCGCGAGGACAAGAGCACGGCUCCAAA